AUGGAUAACAACUACGGAUGCCAUUGUGAAAAUAACUGUCAUUGCGGAGCAACCGCUACUACUGCUUGUACCUGCAAUGUAAAGCAUAUGAAAGAAACAACAGCUCAAAAUACUUGCGAUUGUAGUGACGGACAUACUUGCACUUGCAAUUGUGGUGACGGUUGUAAAUGCGCUGCUAACGGAAACGAAUGCAAUUGCGAGUCACAUUAA